UCAAGAAAACGUCACUUCCGCUUCCUGCCUGUCCUUUUUCUUCUCCGUUGGGCCGCCGUGCGGGAUCCCCAAAGGCAUCAAAAUGCAGAUCUUCGUAAAAACCCUUACUGGGAAAACCAUCACCCUUGAGGUUGAGGCCAGUGAUACUAUUGAAAAUGUCAAGGCUAAAAUCCAAGAUAAGGAAGGUAUUCCCCCUGAUCAGCAACGUCUGAUUUUUGCUGGAAAGCAGCUUGAAGAUGGACGUACUCUGUCUGACUACAACAUUCAGAAAGAGUCCACCUUGCAUCUGGUGCUGCGUCUGCGUGGUGGCAUUAUUGAGCCUUCCCUCCGCCAACUUGCCCAGAAAUACAACUGUGACAAAAUGAUUUGCCGCAAAUGCUAUGCCCGUCUUCAUCCUCGUGCUGUAAACUGCCGCAAGAAGAAGUGCGGACACACAAACAACCUGCGUCCCAAGAAGAAGGUCAAAUAAACGCUCCCUGAUGCUUGUUUUUUUGACUUCUGUUGAGAAUUAAAAAUACCAAAAAAGAAAA